UUCACAUUUGCAAUGAAUCCUGAAGUGGAACCUUUGUCUUUCUCGGUUAUUAUUGUUGUUAUUGUUGCUAUUGCUUCAUUGGCGUUUGUGAUGAAAAAUUGCAAAAGCAAAAAUGAGAGGAAACUGCCUCCGGGGAAGAUGGGUUUGCCCUGGGUCGGUGAAACCAUAGAUUUCUACAAAGCUCAAAAGAAAAACAGGCUUUACCAAGACUUCAUCCAAGCCCGCAUCCGAAAGCACGGCCUCACCUUCAAGACGAGGCUGAUGGGCCACCCAACCGUCGUUGUCAGUGGGGCCGAGGCCAACAAGUUCUUCCUCUCCAACGAGUUCAAGCUAGUCGUGAGCUCGUGGCCCUCCUCCUCCGUGCAGUUGAUGGGAGUGAACUCGAUCAUGGAGAAACAAGGGGAGGCGCACCGCUGCCUACGUGGAAUCGUGGCCACCAGCCUCAGCUCGUCCGGCCUUGACAAUCUCGUGCCUAGGAUUUGCAACACCGUGGCAAUGCACUUGGAAAGAUAUUGGAGUGGUGGGGAGAAAACAAUUAGUCUCUAUGGGCUAACAAAAGUUUUGACAUUCACUAUUGUUCUAGAAUGCUUGUUGGGGAUUGAGGUGAAACCUGGGAUGUUGGAGAUGUUCGAGAAGGUUCUAGAAGGGGUGUUCGCGAUCCCUCUGAGCUUCCCAGGGUCCAAAUUCUCGAGGGCGAAAAGGGUGAGGAAGGAGAUAGAGGAGAUGCUGGUGGAGAUUGUCAGGGAUAGGAGAAGAGAAAUGGAACAACAAGAGCAAGAACAGAGUGAUGGGGGAGGGAUUCUCCUGUCCAAGUUUGUUGCUUCCCUGAUUCGAGGUGAGAUUACUGAGGCGGAGGUGGCUGAUAACAUCGUGUUGCUCGUGUUUGCAGCCCACGACACCACCUCAUUCGCCAUUGCCAUGACCUUCAGGAUGCUGGCUCAUCAUCCAAACUGCUAUGCUCUACUUCAAAAAGAACACGACAGUAUCAUGCGCAGCAAAAGCGUACCAGGCGAAGCUCUCACGUACGAGGAUGUGAAGAAGAUGAACUACACAUGGCAAGUGGCACACGAGAGCAUCAGGAUUUUCCCUCCAAUUUUCGGCUCUUUUAGAAAAGCAAUCCAAGAUAUUGAAUUCGAUGGAUACACGAUUCCCAGGGGCUGGAAGGAGUUGUGGACAGCAUACGGAACACAUUAUGGUUCGAAGUACUUUGAAGAUCCGUUGAGAUUCGAACCAGGUAGGUUCGACGACCCAGUCCAGCCCUUCUCGUAUGUUCCGUUUGGCGGAGGGCCAAGAUUGUGUGCAGGAUACCAAUUAGCAAAGCUAAACAUACUUAUAUUUGUACAUUAUGUUGUGACUAGAUAUAAUUGGACAUUAGAGAAUCUUGAUGAGCCAAUUACAGUAGAUCCUCUCCCAUUCCCUUCUCAAGGAAUGCCAAUUAGGAUCUCUCCCAAGUCGCAAUAACAGAGCAUAUACGUGAUUUAUUUCAUCAGUGCAUUAAUAAAUUUAAUGAUAAUCCAUUAUGAGCGUUUGAUUGAUCACAAUAUGUCUUAGCUUUUCAAUUAUUUCAAAUCGAUGCACAUAGAACAAAUCAAUCAAGAAAAUAGGAUCCCACCAUAACAACCAACGAGCUAUUCAGCUACUUCAUCCCUACAAUUUUACUAUAAUGGCAAAGUAUACCAUAUCCAAACAGCAUUGGUUUAACCUAUCAACUGCAACAUUACCUAUAUUCAAGAGAUAAAAAAAAUCAAUGCUUACUGAGCCCUGUCACUUUUGAUCCCAAUCGAAUCCUCUGGAGCUCUAGCUUUGUACCCAUCCCGCCUUUAAAUCCCCUUUUCUUGAGCUCUGCCAAAUCGAUAUACCUUAUGUGAGGUACAAUGAGAAGCGGGAUCCCCAAAUGCUGGUCUAUCGACCAAUUCCAACGGCGCAAGCGAUGUCUUUGAGGUUGAUUCUCUGCCUAAAGCAGCUUUUAGAUCAGCUCACCACAUGUUCGAGGAUAUGUCUGAGCCACUGUUACCGAAGCCUUUUGCUUCUUCUCUGUAUCUAUUUGAUUUAGGGAUUGCAAAUUUCAACGCUGAGGCCGAAUUACUGAAGAAGGUAUGGCUUUCUUGAUUCUCUUACUAGUAUGAUUGUGCUUCCGUUUUCUACUCUUCAGAGUGUCGCUGCAGAAAAUAUUUUGUGGAUUCUGAAUUGAGUACUUUGUUGGUGGUUUCAGAAGAAGGGAAAAAAAUUAAGGUUAAUUGUCU